AUGAGGAGCGGCUGGAAGACGCUAACUCCUACUUCGAUAGAUGACCGGGACGAUGCACUCAACAACGUCCUAUUCGAGACAUGUAUCUCGAAUUGGGCUAAGAUGGAUUUCCCAAAGGAUAACUAUCAGGAAAUCAAGGCUGAGCUCCUGCAGAUUGAUUUGUCCAAGGCUUACUACGAUCUAGAGCUUCGGCCACGAGAGCUAGCAGAGGGACCAGCCCGAGAGCAGAUAGAUACCGGCGGUACCAUCGUUAAGUAUAAAACAAUCACGAACCAAAGUCGAACAGAAUUUAAACCAAUUACAAACGAAGUGUAA